GCUUUUACAGUAUGGCGACUUCCUUAUACCUCGUUAAUGGAACGUGGACGUGUUGGGACUUGUUUGUGAGGAACGUGAUUCAUGUAAAUAGUGGGAUUUAUUAUUGUUGACAAUGGGCAAAACGAGGCACUUUAGACGCAAGCACAAGGAUACGGGCCCUACAGGCCUUCCGAGUGUGAAGGAUAUCGAAAAAGAAGAGCAAAUUGAGGGAAACGAUUCGGAUUCGGCAAGUGCAUCCGACGUUGCACUUCAAAACAUUGUAGAUCAAGGACCAGUUGAAGAUAAGGUUUUUGCUCUUCACUCAUUGGCAAGCAUAUUUUACACUGCAGGAAGUGUACAAGAUGUAGUUCGACAGAAAGUUGCUCGAAUUGCUGGCCCUUUGUUAUUGGAUCCAAGCUCGGCUGUGAGAAAUGCUGCUGCUGGUGCUCUUCGGAAUCUCACCUCAUCUGGAAAUCAUGAAAUAUGUGAUUUGCUUAUUGAACAAGAUAUCAUGACACCUGUGUCAGCGUUCUUUCUGAAGUGUGCUGAUGUGUUGCCCAGCAAACCUGGCACGGAAGAUUCUGACACAUUCGCUCAAGCAGUUUAUCUGUUAUGGAAUUUUGAAGGGAAUAGUACAGCUGUUCAAUACUUCAAUGAUAGGAACUUAAUGCCAAUACUUGUGAAGUUUAUCAGUGCAGCACCGGAAAAUUGGCGAGUGACUCUGGCUAUUGUGCAAUGUUUAAUCACUGUUGUUGAGGACAAUUCUCAUGCAUGUAAUUUAUUACAAAAAUCAGAAGAAGUUUUAAAUAAUCUCUUGACGAUGAAUGGAGAUAGCACUGGAUUAUUACUUCUGCGUGUAAUGACUGCAGGCAUUCUGCUGAGGGUGAGGAGUAACCCUUCAGAUAUAUUGGGUCCAGUCGUGCUUGAUGCCAUUGUAUCUCCUUUAUUACAAGACCAAAGAAAGAAACUUAACGAACUGAGCAGCACAGAACCAGGGGAAUCUGAUGGAGAUGAUGAAGCAAUGGAUCUUGAUUCAAAUUCAACCAGCAGUGAUGGUGAUAUUUGCGAAGAGACUCUUUGUGAACCUGAAACAAAUUUAGAAGACCUUACUGGCACUUCUUUGUCUCUGAGUCCAGAGAUACAUGAAGUAAUAGUAAGCAAGCAAUUGGUUCCAAAAAUCUGGGAGAAAACACGUACACCUGCUGAAAAUGUGCGUGCCCUGUUACAUGAACAUUCUGGGGGUCAGCAUAUACUAAAUAGAGUUGAUAUACUUCGGUCCAGAGCAUUUUCGUGCUUGAACAACAUUAUUCCUGUCUUGGAUAUACAAGAUAUGGGAGGACCAGAAAAUCUUUUUCAAAUGUGGUUAGAUAUGGCUACAUGUGUUGUCAAGAAUGAAGAACCAGAUCCUGAUGUAUUGGAAGCAGCAUCAUGUGCUAUGCGAGCAGCUUUACAGAAAUUUGCUCAGAACCCACAAAGCCAGUCUAUUGACAUUCAGUUACAACAAAUAGAGUUUAUUUUUACUGCUGCCCCAAAUCCAAAACCAUGUGUACGAGCAAAUGUUGUGAGGACAGUUGGUAUGCUUGGAAUGAUGACAUUGUCUCAACCAUUGGAAAAGAAUUUUGAAAUCAUCAAGGGUGUAGGCAAAUUUCUGUUGAAUGGUUUGGCCCAUGAACUUGAACUGUGGGUCAUGGCAGAGAUGUUGGAUUCUAUUAUGGAUUUGUUUGGAGAAGAUGAAACUGAUAGAGCAGCUGCUGAACUCGCUCUUACUAUACAUCUUCAGACAGUAUUACCUGCUUUUAAGCGCAGGGUAAAGAUGAACAGAAAAAAAUUGGGAGAUCAUUAUGCUCUUGUUACGACAGUGAACACCAAUCUACCUCGUUUUAUUCGUUAUAAAUCUAAAAGACUCUCAGUGAUUCAAACAACACUUGAGUAAUUUAAAAAAUAAUAUUGUUUUGUGAAGUUGAAAUAAUAAGAAAAUAUAUUUAUAUUGUGACUUAUA